AUCCAGUUUGAGUCCAGCUUCAGUGACACUGAUAAUUGCAUAAGAAUAAUUAUCUUACAAUUAUCACCCUAAUUAACGUUACACAAACAAACAGAGGCUCCAAAGGACCCGCUAUAAAAGCCUCCCUUGUCUGCUGUGCGCGUCUUAAAGUUUUGUCCAGCAGCGAUGGAGCUGAAGGAAGAAUGGAUCCUUCCGGACGUGGUGUACGCAAAUCCGCUGCUAAAGCGUACCCUGCUCGGCCUAAGGUACUACGGCAUACUGCUCGGUCAGUCACAAAGCUACAAGAAAGUGCACUGCUUCCGGGGCAUGGUGUUUACGCUGUCGAUGGUGCUGUUUAACUGCACGCAGUACAUCGAUCUGUGGCAGGUAUGGGGCUCCGUUUCGGACAUGACGGCGAACGCGGCCACCACGCUACUGUUCAGCACGACCAUCUUUCGCAUCAUCUUCUUCUACUUUCAUCGGGCGCGAUUUAACAGCAUCAUUAAAGCCGCUCACGACGGUAUCGAGCGGAUCUUGAAGGACGGUUGGACCGAUGAGCAGAGCAUUGUGGGCAGCAAUGUGCGCUAUCUGAAGCGGCUUGCCGUUGUCUUCUGGAGCUGCGCCCUAGUGACGGCCAACAUGAUGUGCGUGUAUUCUUUGGUGCAAUAUUUAACGUACGAAGAAGGACCGCCCGAUGGCACUGGGACGAGUGCUGCGAACAUCACGCGCAAAGGGCAACCGAUUCCACCGACGCCAAUUCUACGCUCCUGGUAUCCAACGGCCGAUGGGAAGGAUAAGCACUUUCUCGAGAUUUACCUCAUCCAGCUGUACAUCAUGUAUGUCGGCCAGCUGAUCGUCCCGUCCUGGCACAUGUUUAUGGUCACGCUGAUGAUCUACGGCCGCACCGAGUGUAGUGUGCUGAACCAUCGGCUCUGCUUUCUGGAACGCUACCACACGGCUGGAAAGGACGAUCCUACCGCCCCGGUAAACAACGCUGAACGCCGAUCGCUUAUGAUCGAUUGCAUCAAACGGCAGGCAAGCUUGGUAUCGUUCACCAGGGAGCUGGAGCAGCUAACGCGUGCCGCCGUGUUCCUUGACUUUGUCGUGUUUUCCGUCCUGCUCUGUGCGCUACUGUUCGAAGCAUCGAUGACGCCGUCCGGGGUGCAGGUGUUUAUCGACGUCUGCUACAUUACCACGAUGACGACGAUUCUGUUCCUUUACUAUUGGCACGCGAACGAGAUACAUGCGUGCGCCGACCGGCUUUCAAUGUCGGCGUACAAAAGUGACUGGUAUCGGUACGAUCGGGGCACGAACCGGAUGCUACAGAUCUUUAUCCUGUACAGCAAUCGGCCGCUUAAAAUGCACGCAUUCUUUAUCUCGAUGUCGCUGGACACGUUUUUAGCGAUUCUGCGCGCGUCGUACAGUUAUUUCACAAUUUUGAAACAAUUAACCGACUAACUUUUAAGGGGAGAAGCUGUAUUCACUUUGAAUUUUCAAGCAGCGUAACGAAAAUGCAACUAUAUUAACGUCUAUUUUUCUUCCUCUUAUAUUUGAUUCAUUUCAUUACAUUGUGUGUUGUUUUGGAAUUGUUCUUAAUUAAAACAUUUUUCUUAUAUUUAGUUUGUUAAACAAAAUUAUUUUCAAUUAUUUUUAUGCAUUUUUAACAUUUUAAAAAUUUAGGUUUAUUUCCUUUAAGAAACAUGAAAGGAUCAGAUUGUGUUUCGUAACAUUAAAGAAAAAAUGAAAAAUAUAAAAUUAAAAUUCAAGAUACACUAAAACAGAGAACAGAAAGAUACACAAUACACUAAAAGUAACAGAAGCAUAAAAAGUAGAACAAGCAGUAGAAGAAUUAGAAGAUGUAAAACAGAGAUUUUAAAAAUGAAUCAAAUUAGAAAUGAAAUGAAUAACUAAAAAGAA